AUGCGAGAUGGCCGCAAGCUCCUCAGCUGGCCCAGUCGAGUUACGAUUGGGGCUGCAAGCCAAGCGGCUUUGGUUUUGAACAGAACUCCGAUCAUGAUCCUCAUUGAGCAGUGGGGUUCUGUUUGCGAAGAGCCGAAAUCAGUGCCCAUCAAAUGGAUGAGGGACGAGGUGAAGAGGCUUCAUGAGAUGUUCAAUCAAGCCGAUGCGGUGGAUAUCGUGGUCGACCAAUGGGGUUGCAAGAGGCUGUGCAGCCUCGCCAUCAGACGGUUCCGUGCUGGCAUCCGAUCCUUCAGGGACCACUUCUGCUGA